UCGGAGGUGCCAACGACACCGCAGCUCAAGGCAGAAAUUCAACAACAACCACGGCGACGUGUUCAAUUGCGCAUCUCCAAACUGUGUCUCCUUCAUCCUGUACUCAUUCUUGAAAACCACACUCGCUACACCAACCACUACCGCCACCGCGACGCGCAACCAUGCAGCGCCCCAACUACGGCAACCCACCACCGGCGCAUUCACCACCCUUACAUCACCCAGUUCCACAACACGUUUCCACAGUUCCCCAGCUACGAUCACCGCCUCCUCCGCAACCCCCUUCACAACCCCAAAGCGGCUAUGGUUACGGACAGCAAGCAGGAGGCAUGCCGCCUCAGCAGGGCGGAUAUGGCGUGCACCCGUCCUUCGGCGGCUUCAUCAACGACCCCACUGCCCAAUUAGGCUUCCAGAUGGGAAAGAGCGCAGUCGAUGCCGGACAGCACUACAUGGAACAGAACCUAGGACGAUUCGUCUCCGUAUCAGCACUAAAGCACUACUUCAACGUCACAAACUCCUACGUCCUCACCAAACUCCGCAUCAUCCUAAUCCCAUGGUGGCACCGCCCCUGGUCGCGCCAACAACGACACGCGCCCGACCCCUCAGCCUCCGCUGCGCUACUAUACCAGCCCCCGCGCGAAGAUGUGAAUUCGCCAGACAUGUAUAUUCCCACCAUGGCGCUGGUGACGUACAUUCUGCUUUCAACCUUCAUUGCAGGUCUGCGCGGCGCUUUCAACCCCGAACUCCUGGGCACAACGGCUACCGUUGCCAUCGCCGUGACUUUACUCGAAAUCCUCAUCAUCCGAACUGGCACCUUCCUUCUCGCUAUCAGCAGCUCAAGCCAGCUCCUCGACCUCGUCGCAUACAGUGGCUAUAAAUUCGUACACGUCAUUGUAUCGCUCCUUCUUACCAACUUGGCGACUUGGAUCGGAUUUGGCAGCUCGUGGGUCGGCUGGGUCAUAUUCUUGUAUUGCUUCAGCGCAAACUCGUUCUUCUUGCUUAGGAGCUUGCGAUAUGUGCUGUUGCCCGAUAUCAGCUCCCAGAAUAGCUACGGAACGCCCGCUGCAGCGGGAUACACGGAUUCAAAGAGCCAGAAGAGCCGGAGGACGCAGUUCUUGUUCGUUUACAGUUAUGUGGUGCAGUUUGGGUUUAUGAUUUGGCUGAGCAAGGUAUGAGUGGGGUGUUCAAAAGAGGGAUGAAAUCUAUACUGGGAAGGGAAACGACGAGGCAUGUCGUAUUCAGGUUGCGGGUUGGACUUGAGAGCACAUGCAAAGCCAUGCGCUUGUGCGAUAGCCCAUGUCAAAGAACUGAGCACGCAGACAGCCUGCACAAGGAAAAGAGACGCGUAUGAGGAACACGAUGUAAACGUAUUUAUCAGCGUUCAGCGUCAGCAUUUGCUUCCUCAAUAUCAAAAAAUCUUGCGAUUGGAAACUGAAAUGCAAUAGGCUACAAGAGAUGCCCAUGUUGAGAAGUCUAUAUGCAU